AUGUCCCUCAGAACAGCCCUCAGAAGAUUUGCCACCUCCUCUCGUCUCUCACAGACACCCUCUGCGGCCUCGGCUGCUGCCCCCUCCGCUCCCUCGGCGCCCUCGGCUUUCAGCGACAUGUCCCAGCUCCUCGCUACGCCUUCAUCAUCUUUCGCUUCUGCGCCCGCUACUCCUGCUGUAAUCUCUAAAGAGACCGCAAGGGGAUACUCACCCGAUGCGGUCCCUCCUUCUGAAGACCCGAGCUUGGAUCUGUUUACAAAUUGCUUGAUGAAGCACGGGAAGAAGACGGAGGCGCAAAAGAUGGUGCAGAGUGUCUUGCAGCUGUUGCACCAAACAACUGCCCAACCCCCCCAGCCCCUGCUCCGCCAAUCCAUCCUCCUCGCCUCACCCUCCGUCAAAAUCCUCUCCAUGCGCAAGUCUGCAAAGACUGUCCUCACCCCUCGAGCUCUUACUGAACGCCAGCGUUCAAGGCAGGGUAUCUCGUGGAUCUUGAAGGCGGCCGAAAAGGGAAGGAAGAGUGGAGUCAGCCGAGACCAGAGAAUCGCCAGGGAAGUGUUGGCGGUGCUUGAAGGGACCAGCGAUGUAUUCAAGUGGCUGGAGGAUGUCCACAAGAGUGGUUACUUGAACAGGUACGCUGAAAGUCUGGGGUAUGGAAUUGGCUGA